GGGGCAAUGAAUGUUUGCUAGUAUAGCACAGUAUUACAGUUCUAAAAUAGAACAGUGAUUAAAUAACGAUGGAUAAAUAUGAUAUUUUAAUAUUAUUGUUACUUGGUAUUAGUGCAAACCAUGUUGUGUUUAGUGAAAAAAUAUUGGUGUGCUACUACGGAACGUGGGCAACGUAUAGAAAUGGUUUGGGCAAGUUUGACGUUGACGAUAUAAAUACAGAUUUAUGUACACACUUAGUAUAUACUUUUGUCGGUAUAAACAAUGAGGGCACUGUCAUUUCUUUAGACCCUUGGCUGGAUUUGGGAGAGAAUUAUGGGAGAGAUAACUUCAGAAAAUUUAACGCCCUGAAACUGAAUAAUCCUAAACUAAAAACUAUUUUAGCGGUGGGCGGAUGGAAUGAGGGUUCUGCUAAAUAUUCUGUGAUGGCCGCAAACCCAAUUUUCCGGCAGAACUUUAUAAGAAGCGCACUCAAAAUGGUACUAGAUCAUGGAUUUGAUGGUUUAGAUAUUGAUUGGGAAUACCCGAAUAGGCGUGAUUCUGUUCAUGGACAAGCAGAUGUGAAUAAUUUUAGUCAACUAAUAGUAGAACUGAAAGAAGCUCUUAAUGAGUACGGCCUUCUCUUGACGGCCGCUGUUGCUUCCGUGGAAGAGAUGGCUUCACUUUCAUAUGACAUACCAGUUAUUUCACAGUAUUUAGAUAUAAUAAGCAUCAUGGCAUACGAUAUGUAUGGAUCUUGGGAUGCAGUAACGGGACAUAAUUCGCCAUUGCAUAAAGGGGAAGGUGACGAUGGUGUUGCAAGAGAAACCCUGUACACCGUCGAUAUGGCGCUAAAAUAUUGGCUCCGGCAAGGAUGUCCACCUGAGAAGUUAGUACUUGGUAUGCCUUUGUAUGGACGUACUUUUACGCUAGUAAAUCCAAAUAUUAAUUCAGUAAGAGCUCCAGCUAGUGGACCCGGUCUUGCGGGACCAUAUACUGCUACUAAUGGUUUCAUUGGUUAUAAUGAGUUGUGCAUCAGAUUUCAAUCUGAAUCAUGGAAUAUUAGAAAUGAUAAUCUGGCCAAAGUUCCUUACGCUGUUCGAGAUAGAAAUUGGGUAUCUUUUGACAACAAAGAAUCUUUAAUCAAAAAAGUCGAAUACGCAUUAAGUUUGAAUAUAGCUGGUGCUAUGGUAUGGAGUAUAGAAACGGACGAUCUUCAUGGACUCUGUGGAGAUGGAGAUUUCUCUCUACUGAGAGCUAUUAAUGAUGCACUAGAUCGAAAUAUAGAUGUUUCUACAGAAAAUGUCCCGUCUUCUACGACUAUUCCAUCUUCUUCGAGUACUCCAGCCACGUCCACUACUAUAUCUUCCAGUCCAUCUACCACUACAUCUACAAUUCUUUCUAGUACCUCACCUAUUAUUCCAUCAAGCACUCCUUUUACUACUUCUUCUACCACCCCUACUACUCCUUCUACCACUCCCUCUACUCCUUCUACCACUCCUUCUACCACUCCUUCUACUACUCUAUCUACUACAGCAUCAUAUUCUACAACUACCAUUAAAGUACCAGAGACUUUCGUUUGUAGAAGCGAAGGUUUCGCACCAGACCCAGAGAGUUGUACAUCAUUCUACAUCUGUGUCAGGAAUGUCAACGGUAUUUUAGUUCCUAGAAAAUUUCAAUGUCCAGACAACCUGUUCUGGGAUCAAAAAAAUUUGCAUUGUAAUUACAAAGAACUUGUUGACUGUAUUGUUUAAAAAUUAAUUUAGACAUUUUAUUAAUCGCUUUUACAAAGUGAUCUGAAUUAUUCAAAGUCCUGUGUUUAAUAUAUCAAAAGAAACUUGUAUUUACUUUUUUACAUUAUUUUUUCAUACUUUUGAUGUGUUUUCUAAUUUGAAGACUGUAAUAAUGCGCAAUACCGUAGCCUUAAUUUUAUUUAAAAAAGUUUUAUUAAAAAAGAAAAAUAAAGACUAUAUUGCGAAAUUUAAUAUUGUAGAUGUAUUAGAAAAAAAUAUGAACACUAAUUGAAUUUUAUAAGGUUCAAUAUGUGUUUUCUAAGAAAAUUUGUUAUAAAUAACUUAGGUAGUCUAAUUAUUUUGUAAUAAAAUAUACAAAUAUAUUAAAUUAUUUUUAGUUAUA